AUGUCUAUUUGCAGUUUUUUCUCAGAGGUCUGCUGCUGCAGAAACAGGGACAGAGACAGAGGCAGGGACAAGGACAGAAAAGGGACAGAAACAGAGACAUGGUUUAGAGACAGGGAUAGAAACAGGGACAGGGAUAGGGCCAGAGACAGAGACAAGGACAGGGUCAUAAACAGGGACAUGGAUAGGGACAGGGACAGGGUCAUGGACAGAGACAGAGACAAGGAUAGGGGCAUAAACAGGGACACGGCUAGGCACUGGGCCAGGGAUAAGACAACAACAAAAACAGUGCCAGGGGUGUUGGACCGCUCACAGGGGCCAGCUACAAAAACAGGCAAGUAG